AUGAACCGAGUAGUAGGCCUGUUUCUAGUCGCAUUUUUGGCCUGGGCUCAGGCCCAGGCCCAUAAAGAGGCCGUUGAAUUGUCGAUGGCGAAUCAUGAUCAGGUUUUGGCCAGUGCAACGGUGAGUUAUUUGAAUUUCCCUAUAGGUAGGGAUUAUGGCCGAGUGGUUAACACGCUCGUCUUUCAAUCUCUAGGUGUUGGGUUCGAUCCCGCUCCGAGGCGAACUUUUUUUUGAAACGCGGAAAUUUCCGCUACGCAACCUCUCAUAUUCCAGGUAGUAUUCGUGGCAUUCUGUGCAGACUGGUGUCCAUUCUCACGACGUCUCAAACCGAUAUUCGAGGAAUCCGCGCGCGUUUUCCACGCGGAAAAUCCGCAAGCCUCUGUGGUUUGGGGAAUUGUGGAUAGUCAGCGGCAAGCGGAUGUUGGUGACAAAUAUUUCGUCAACAAAUAUCCCACUAUGAAGGUUUUUGUGAAUGGUGAAUUGAUUGCCAAAGAAUAUAGGUGAGGGAUUUUCCCGCCAAAAAAAUUUGAAUUCAAAUUCAUUUCCAGAUCCACCCGCUCUGUGGAAGCUCUCACCAACUUCGUCAAAUUCCAACUCAGCACCGCAAUCAACGAAUUUUCGUCGCAAGACCAUCUUCGCGCCAACAUCGACGCCACCAAACGCAACAUCAUUGCUCAUGUGAGAAAAGAGGGCGCAGCCUAUUCGAAUAUCAAGAAAAUCGCGGCGAUUUUGCGGGAGGAUUGUCAAUUCUGGUUGCCGUCAGACGGGGUUUCCGCGAGCAUUGCCGUCGCGGAUGCCGCGUUGGUUUUUGAGGAUCCGGAUAAUGCCGGAGAGCCCGUCAAAUUCACCGGCAAUUUUGAGGAUUAUGAAUUUUUGAAACAGUGGAUUACGGAUAAAUGUAUUCCGUUGGUUAGGUAAGUCUAGGCUUUUAGGGCUUCUUCCAGGCUUUUAAAGCUUCUUCUAAGCUCUUAAGCCUUUUAAGCUUCUAUAAUCCAGGCCCGUUUUUCUUUAGACUUAAUCAAAUAGCUAGGCCUAGGCUUAGAAAGAGGCUUAAGCUUAGAAUUAGCCUAACGAAAAAGUAGGCCUAUCCUUAGGCUAGGCCUUCUAAGCUUAUCUAGGCGUUACCAAACAGUUAGGCCUAGCCUUAGGCUUAGGCUUCUUCUAGGCUUAUCUAAGCAAAAAAAAAUAAUUUAGGCUUGUACUCAGGCGCAGGCUGAGCGAAGCUCUAGACUGUGAGGUUGGGAUUUUUACUUUUAGGCUUGGGCUUAGCUAAGCCUAACCAGAAAGUUAGGCCUAUCCGUAGCCUUAUGCUUACCUAAGCCUAACCAAAAAAGUUAGGCCUUGUCUUAGGCUUAGGCUUUCUGGCUUAGCUAAGCCUAACUAGAAAGUUAGGCCUUGUCUGAGGCUUAGGCUUCUAGGUUCAGCUAAGGCUAACCAAAAAUUUAGGCCUGUCCUUAUUGUUAGGCUUGGGCUUCCAGGCUUCCAGCCCUCCCAAAAAUCCCAAUCUUUCAGAGAAGUAACGUUCGAAAACGUAGAAGAAUUGACGGAAGAAGGAAUGCCAUUCCUGAUCUAUUUCCGCGAUCCCGACGCAAAACAAGACGACAAACUAUUCGCAGAAGCAGUGGCCCGCGAGCUCGCGGAUCAACGCGGAAGCGUCAAUCCGCUUCUCGCCGACGGUCACAAAUUCGCCCAUCCGCUAAAACAUCUCGGAAAAGCUCGCAGCGAUCUGCCAGUCUUGGCCAUCGAUUCAUUCCAACACAUGUAUCUGUUUCCGGAUAUGUCGCAACUCGCUGUGCCGGGAAAAUUGCGCGAAUUCAUCGCCGAUUUGCACAGCGGCAAAUUGCACAAAGAGUUUCACGAGAAUUUGGAUCAGAAAAUGGUGGAGUUGGCGAAGGCGAAAGCGGCGAGAGGAUUUGCGGAUGAGGAGGAUGAUGUAGCAGGUCCGCCGGCGGCGAAACCCGAAACCAGUCCACCGCCGAGUGUUUUCAAGGAGCUCAAGCCUUCGGAGAAACGAUAUUCGAUUUUGCAAAAAUCAGAACUUUAG